CGGCUCGGCCGGGCUGCGGUAGCCCAGCGAGCGGGCUCCGGAGCCUUCCCGCGCUGUAUUAGCCCACGGCUCGGCCUGGACGCGACGAAGGGCUCCCGCGGAGAAGCUGAGAGCACUAGGGAGUCCUUAGGACCUGUAACUUGAGGGCCACGGAACUGCUACUCUCGUUUGCCUUUGGCGAUCAUCUUUAACCCCCGGAGCACGUCAGCAUCCAGCCACCGCGGCGCUCUCCCUGAAGCGGAGGACUCAGGACUACCCCUUCGGCGAGGCGGAUGGAAACCGAGCCCCUCCGAGGACCUGCCCCUGCAGUUCUGGCUCUCGCGGCUCAAGUCACCACCGUGAACAAGGGACCCUAAAGAAUGGCCGAGCCCUGGGGGAACGAGUUGGCGUCCGCAGCUGCCAGGGGGGACCUAGAGCAACUUACUAGUUUGUUGCAAAAUAAUGUAAACGUCAAUGCACAAAAUGGAUUUGGAAGGACAGCGCUGCAGGUUAUGAAACUUGGAAAUCCAGAGAUUGCCAGGAGACUACUACUUAAAGGUGCUAAUCCCGAUUUGAAAGACCGAACUGGUUUCGCUGUCAUUCACGACGCAGCCAGAGCAGGUUUCCUAGACACUUUACAAACUUUGCUGGAGUUUCAAGCUGAUGUUAACAUCGAGGAUAAUGAAGGGAACCUGCCCUUGCACUUGGCUGCCAAAGAAGGCCACCUCCCUGUGGUGGAGUUCCUGGUGAAGCACACAGCGAGCAAUGUGGGGCACCGGAACCAUAAGGGGGACACCGCCUGCGACUUGGCUAGGCUCUAUGGGAGGAACGAGGUUGUUAGUCUGAUGGAAGCAAAUGGGGUGGAGGGAGCUGAGAAUCUGCAAUGAAUGUGGGGAGGGCUUUCCAACAUUCCAACAUUGCCUUUACUUUCUCAAUUAAGUGGCUGGCAGUCCUAUUUUAAUAGCAUUUGUUAAAACACAGGUUUUUCAUAUUUUAAGCAACUAGUUAAGUCUUCUGCAACUGCAUAAGUGGAAAUCUUACUACAGGUUUAUGAAUAUAUUUAAACAAUAUCUUUUUCACCUGCAAAAUCCUGAGUUCUAACUUGUAAUGGCAAAUAGCUUUGGCUUUCUUCAGAAUAUUUUAUCUUUCCUUGACUUUUUCCUUGUUUCUCCCUUUGCCAGUCUCAAUACCCAAUGUAGAGACUUUGUCUUUAAAAUUAUUUGUCCUGAUGCUUCUUUUGCCCAAUUAAAAUACUUUCAAAA